AUGGCCAACCUCUCGCCCACCCCAUCAUCCUCCCGCCCUGGCGCUGGUAAUCGACAAGCGACCGCACCAGCACUCAUGAACGGCCACUUUGCGACGGUGGGGGAAACUCCAUCGCCAAAGGAUUUCGAGCAUGGCGUUCAGGUCAUUGAUGAGGACAAGAACUUCAAUCCUCAUCUGCCGCAGUACCUACAGCUCGAGAGCAUCAUUCGAUCAGGCUUCAACUAUCACAUCAUCUCCGUGUUUGGUAGCCAGAGUACCGGAAAGAGCACGCUUUUGAACUAUUUAUUCGGCACGCAGUUCGGGGUUAUGAGUGAGCAGGAGCGACGGCAAACAACAAAAGGAAUAUGGAUGUCCAAGAACAAGCGAGAGCACGCAGACGCGCAGGGUGUGGCCAUGGCCGAUAACAUCCUGGUCAUGGAUGUGGAGGGUACAGAUGGACGCGAGCGAGGAGAAGACCAGGACUUUGAGCGCAAGAGUGCACUAUUUGCACUGGCAACUAGUGAGGUUCUGAUUGUGAACAUCUGGGAGCAUCAGGUUGGUCUGUACCAAGGAGCGAACAUGGGACUGUUGAAGACGGUCUUUGAGGUCAAUCUCCAGCUCUUCUUGAAGGACUCGAAGAGUGUUCCACGCAGUCUGCUGUUCUUCGUCAUUCGAGACCAUAUCGGGAACACACCCCUUGUCAACCUCAAGCAGACCCUGAUCCAGGACUUGUCAAGGAUAUGGUCUUCGUUGUCAAAGCCACCUGGUUUGGAGAAGAGCUCGAUCGACGACUACUUCGAUUUUGCCUUCGUAGCACUGMCACACAAGAUCCUCCAGCCACAGCAGUUCGAAACGGAAGUCAAUCGAUUGGGGAGUCGUUUCCGGGAAGGAUUCAAAGAUCCGAAGAAAGCUGGCUUGGUUGACGAGUCUACCGAACCCAUCCUGCUCCCCGAGUAUCACCGACGCAUUCCCGCCGAUGGGUUCCCGAUGUACGCGCAGGGUGUAUGGGAGCAGAUCGACAGCAACAAGGAUCUAGACUUGCCAACCCAGCAGGAACUACUUGCGCAAUUCCGAUGCGACGAGAUCAUGAAGGAGGUACUCAUCAUCUUCGACCAAGUGAUUCUGCCAUUGGAAGAAUUUCAAACCGGUGCGAUUGCAGCUGGCAAGCCAACGGUGCUUUCUGGACUUGGCGAGAAGAUGCUCGUCUCAAGGAAGACUGUGCUCAGUGGGUUUGAGGUUGAGGCCAGUAGAUACCACAAAGGUGUCUACAAGCGAAAGCAGGCAGAACUGGAGGAAAAGGUUGACGGCAGACUCAAGAUGCUCUUCCAAAAUCAAAUGAGCGCUGCGCACAAGAGCGGAGUUCACGAAUUUUCCGAGGCAGUCACGACCGCUGUGAAAGCUGGCCAGAAGAAGGGCGCAAACUACGAUUUCCACAAGAUUGUGCAGACCGAGAAGCAAAGUGCGCUGCAAAAGUACGAGGCCGAGGCCAAGGCAUCGCUCAUCGAGGGUACGCCUUGGAGUGACUACAAGCAGCAGCUUGCGUUAUAUCGCAAGGAGCUGGACACCGUCAGUUCUCGUCUGCGACAGGAUGAGAUGAGACGUCUAGCAACCAGAAGCGAGAGAUGGGUCCGGAGCAAGCUCAGCGAGAGCGUUGGCGUCGAAUUCAACACGCUCGGAUCUGGCCGCGCUGGUUCUGGCGCACCCGCUGAAGGUCAAAAGCCGGCCGAGCAUGACCUCUGGGAUCGCAUAUGGAAUGUCUUCACAGACACAGUCUCACACGCAGAAACACGUUUCACAGACCGCGCUCGUAGUUUCGAUGCCAGCCCUGAUGAGGUUGAAGUCGGGCUCUGGCGUCUGCGCAGGAAGUCCUGGGGAGCGUUGCGUGACAAGAUCGACGAAGAACUUAUGGAAGGUAACCUCCUCCUCAAGCUCCGCGAGAACUUCGAGGACAAGUUCCGAUAUGACCAAGAAGGUGUGCCUCGCAUCUGGCGGCCCACCGACGACAUUGAGGGACUGUACACUCGUGCCCGUGAAAGCACGCUGACUCUGAUUCCUUUGCUUGMCAAGUUCCGCCUGUCGCGUACGUCUUCGACACCCCCAUUGGAUGCAUGGAUCGGCGAACCGCCCAGCACAGUGACCGGCGCUGAUGAGGAGGACUUGCAGCCGAUUGGGGGCAUUGAUGAAGAUGAAGGCAAGACCCUGGAGGAGGAGAUGACCGUACUCAGCGAUGCAAAACAGCAAGAUCUAACGACCAGAUUUAAGAAGACUGCCGAUGGCGUUUACGUCGAAGCCAAAAGAAGCGCCAUUGGUGGCAUGACCCAAAUACCACUCUAUUUCUACGGUCUCCUCCUCGCUUUGGGCUGGAACGAAAUCGUUGCUGUGCUUCGAAACCCGGUCUACUUCAUAUUCCUCAUCCUAGUUGGCGUCGGCGCCUACGUCACAUACACUUUGAAUCUUUGGGGACCCAUGAUACGCAUGUCUACGGCCGCAAGCCAACAGGGCGUGGAGAUCUUCCGAGAAAAACUUCGAGACUUCUUGGAGUCCAGCGAGACUGGGCGCCAGGCUAUUGGAAUGAGCGAGAGGGCUGGAAUUCCCAUGGACUCAUUGCAUAGCAAUGGCACGAGGAAGGCGAAGGUCUCCGAGGAGGAAGAUAUUGAUGAAAUCUGA